UAAUACAUACAUUAGCCAGCAAGGCAUCGGACCCCUGCAGGUUUCCAUUGGAGGGGACCGAAGUACCACCCGAAUAAACACGACGGAUGGGAACUUCAGGACCGCAGCCAUGAUGUCCGCUAGGUCCGGCGCAGACCCCGAGACACAAUGGCCACCACGAUCUCCCCACGACGUCCUUCUCAGCACACCCAAGGGACGCGAACGCUUGCGACGCAUGGCCGAACGAGCAUCACCCUCGCCGUCUCCAUCCAAGCGAAACCGAAUGACACCCGCGCUGGCUUCCCGAUCUAGUAACUCCCGUCGCUAUGACGUAGAAGAAGACGAUAUGGAGUUAGACGAGGACGACGAUGAUGAAGAUGAGGAAAUGUUGCAGUUGAAACUACAAGCGAUCCAGGCAAAACUGAAGCUGAAAAAACUACAAAGCGCUAAAGCGAAGAAGGCACUUGGAGGAGACAGGACCCCGCCGCGAUCGGAAUCCGCACCUAUACCCGAUAUUCCAAUAUCUAAUCGAGCUCGUUCCGGAGCAGAUUCGUUGCGUUCAGGCCCGUCAUUUCGACCGCAGUCACAGGCAGAGGUACAAGUUCCAGCAUCUCCAGUGCGAAGGGUGCAACCGCCGCAAGCCGAUACCUCUCCUAGUAGGAUACGUCUCGGCAUCGACAAGGGGAUCAGAGCAAAAGACGUCUCAUUAAAAAGAGCACCAAGCGUAAGAAAGACCACAGAAACCCAGAAUAACUCACAAGGAGGAUAUCUUCGACGAGCGCAUACACCCUCUCAUAGCACAUCCGAACAACCCCCUAAACAAGAGCGACCCAUGACUUUCAGCGAGAGACUAGCCGCAGCCAGGACCGAAGAAAUAAGUCGACAGGAAAAGCGAGAACGAAUAAAACAAUCUAGGAGCAACGCCUUCGAACUCGACAGACAGGAAAUGGAACAUUUCAAGACCACCGCCAAGGAAAUCCCCGACGUACCUAUCCAACCCGAACAAUACAGCCGCGAAGACGUCAUAGCCGGCGGGCAGAUUAAACGUAGCGACACGGCAUCACUAUCGAAAUCGCAAAUUGACCCAACCUCACGCCAGGAAAAGAAAGUCGUCCCCUCCGAAGUCCCCGAAGAAGACGCAUCGGCUUUCGAACCGUAUUCCAGCACACACCUCUCAAAGCGCGUAAUCCCGCACUCGGUUCUAACGCGGAAUCUCUCGGGCAAGAAAACCUAUGUUAUUAAGGACUUACUAAAACACGUCAAGGCGCCGGAUUUCGAGCUCCCCGACGUCGAGCAGGAUAUCGUCGUUUUCGGGAUCUUAGCCUCGAAAUCGGAACCGCGGUCGCAUAAAACGGGUAACAGCAACCUAAAGGAACAAUCACAGACCGACCCGAGUAGGGGGAAGUACAUGGUAUUGCAGCUCGUGGACUUACAAUGGGAACUCGAGUUGUUCUUGUUUAAUUCGGGUUUUGACCGGUUCUGGAAGUUGACUCCUGGAACGCUACUCGCGGUGCUUAAUCCAACGGUCAUGCCACCGCCCCCUGGACGGACUGAUACGGGGCGUUUUAGUUUGGUGAUUAAUAGUGGUGAAGAUACUAUACUGGAAGUAGGCACAGCCCGGGAUCUCGGGUACUGCAAGUCGGUCAAGAAGGAUGGCGAGUUGUGUAAUGGUUGGGUGAAUAAGAAACGAACCGAGUUCUGCGAGUUCCACAUGAACCUAGGUCUUGCGAAACACCGGCAGGCGCGCCAGGAUGUGAAUGCAUUUGAUACAGGACUCGGGCCUAAAAAGGAUAGGGCGAGGGGUGGAGGAGGUGGGGGUAGGAAUUCAUAUCGGGGGAAUAGUUGGGAAGAACGAGAUGGUAAGGAUGGAAAGAAUAAGAGUAAGGGGAGUGGUUUCGAUAGGGCGACGCAAAGUCAAUGGUUCAUAUCGAAACCUAGCGCGGCGAGUAUGCUCGAUAACGAGGUCUUGGGCGGGCGUGUUACGAAUACACUUGAACGCGGCGAGGCGCUAAGACGACGUCUUGCGACCGAGGAGAAGGAACGCGAUAUCAUGAAACAACUCGGCCGCGUGGGUUCCGGCGCGGGAAAGGAGUACAUGAAAAAGGGCGGCAGUGGUAGCAAAGCCCUAGGCUCGGGUUCAACCCAAGCCACCGACGACUCAAGACCCGAUGUCGACGCCAAAGCCUUAGGUCUAAUCCGGGAUAGGGGUCAGGAACCUAGAAUGCGGUUGAGCCCUGUUAAGCGCAAACGUGGCGUUGAUAGCGCGUUGUCUUUUACUUCUACAUCUUCUACUACUUCUACUACGACGGCAUCUGCUACUCGUACGGCGCUGGGUUGGGGUGGCAAUCUUAAGGAUAAACUAGCGCGCAUGAAAGAAGGCGAGAGAUUGGCGCCGCCGGCUAUUUCUACGAACGUAGGUGAUAGCAGUACCGCGGGAGACGAAGGCAAUAGUAGUGUCGGCGCAGGCGGUAGCGUGGCGAGGUCCCCGGCGCGCAAGAAGACGCGGUUCGUAACAGAAAAAGGGAUUCGCGAAGCCGGGCGCGAGAGUCUGGGUGGGGAACUAGCUUCGGCUAAUGACCGCAGCGAUGACCCUGCUUCAGAUUCCCGGCCAAGCUCAAUCACGAGGGAUAGGAGAGGAAGAAUGGUCGUCCUGGAUGACGAUGACGAUGAAUUAGAAAUUCUUCGGUAGUAAAGUGGAGAAAGAAAGAGCAAAUACCCUUGUAAUUCCUUUUAUCCUGUUGCAUAUAGCAUAGGCGUGUUGUGGUGCUGGUGCCGGUGGGGAAAAAAAGAGAUAUCAUAUCAGUAAGG